UGCCUUGACACUCGCGAAAGAAUUGACGUGUAUUUAUUUCAACCGUUGUUUCGCCGAUGACUCUCUCAAAGUUGUAAAAAUUGCAGAACAAAUCCGGUGUUUCGUUAGCUAAUAAGUUAAAGUAGCGUUAAAUUAGUGAAAAUGUUUCAUACAUUAUACCUGGGGGUAUUGUUAUGCGUGGCGGGGUCUCAGGCCUUGUACGACUCGUCCUCUGAUGUGGUGGAGUUAACGCCCAGUAAUUUCGACCGUCUAGUCACAAAUUCCGAAGAAGUAUGGAUCGUAGAGUUUUACGCCCCGUGGUGUGGACAUUGUAAAAACCUCGUACCAGAAUAUAAGAAAGCUGCUAAAGCACUAAAGGGCAUUAUAAAAGUGGGUGCAGUAGAUGCUGACCAGCACAAGAGCUUAUCAAGCAAAUAUGGAGUCACUGGUUUCCCCACAAUCAAGAUCUUCACUGGCUCGAAGCACACUCCGUACCAGGGCCAGAGGACUGCUGAUGCAUUCGUUGAUGCGGGUAUCAAGGCAGCUAAGGAUCGAGCGUAUGACAAUUUGGGCAAGAAGUCGGGAGGCUCCGGAGAUAAGUCGGACGUGAUCACGCUCACAGACAGCAACUUCAAGGAGCUGGUGCUGGACAGCGAGGACCUGUGGCUGGUGGAGUUCUUCGCGCCCUGGUGCGGCCACUGCAAGAAUCUGGAACCACACUGGGCUAAGGCCGCCACGGAGCUCAAGGGCAAGGUGAAACUCGGAGCCCUCGACGCCACCGUCCACCAGGCAAUGGCGAGCCGCUACCAGGUCCAGGGCUACCCCACCAUCAAGAUGUUCCCCUCGGGCAAGAAGACCAGCGCCUCCGCGGAGGACUACAACGGCGGCCGCACCAGCAGCGACAUCGUCACCUGGGCUCUUGAGAAGCUUGCUGAGAAUGUGCCCGCACCUGAAGUACUACAGAUCGUGUCUUCAGAAACGAUGAAGGCAUGCUCCGAGAAGCCCCUGUGCGUUGUCUCGGUGCUGCCACACAUCCUCGACUGCAAUGCGGCGUGCCGCAAUGAUUACCUCGCCAUUCUCAAGAAACUGGGCGAGAAAUACAAGAGCAAGAUGUGGGGCUGGGUGUGGUCGGAAGCCGGUGCGCAGACCGCUCUAGAAGAAGCGCUGGAGCUGGGUGGCUUUGGCUACCCCGCCAUGGCGGUCGUCAACGCCAAGAAGCUUAAAUUCUCCACCCUCAGAGGAUCCUUCUCCGAGACCGGCAUCAACGAGUUCCUCAGAGACCUGUCAUUCGGGCGCGGCCAGACUGCGCCCGUGCGAGGCGCCGAGAUGCCCGCCAUCGUGUCCGGGGAGCCCUGGGACGGCCAGGACGGCCAGCUGCCUCCCGAGGAGGACAUCGACCUCUCCGACGUCGAUCUCGAGAAGGACGAGCUAUAGACGAGGCCGGUCACCGUGCGAGGACUGUCAGUGCGCUCGUUUGGGAAAAUAAGUUUCUAACCUUAAAAUUAUUUUAAAAACAAGUGUUUUUUUAUGAUAAAUGAAUAUGGUGAUUUUGAGAUUAGAAUUUAAAGAAAGGGCGGUGAGUGCACAUUGUGUUGUGUCGAUCAUUAUCAUAAGUCAUUAAAUUCAGAUUAAAGAAACACAAGUUACUUCGCAUGCAUUUGUGUUGUUAAAUUCUUCUUCGCUAGGGAAUUUAACAACACAAAUAAUACAUAGUUGCAAAUUUCAAGGCUCAAACUUUUUGAUAACAAGAUCUAAAGCGAAUAGCUUACAUUGACAACUUUUAUUGUAAAAAUAACCUCUUGAUCUUUUAUAAUGGCAAAAUUACUUAGAUGUGUCGAACUAAAAUUAAUUUGAAAGCUUAUAAAAACACUAUUUUACUAAAAAUCUGUUUUUCAAUACGUUCUGUAUUACGACGCUUAUUUUAUGAAGUUCAGACUAUUUCUACUAUUCUGUUUUCCAUAUAUUAUUCUGCUAUAAAACAAUUUAAGAUCUGGAUAUAAAAUUGUGUCGUAGUCUCAAAGGUCCCACUUUGUCGAUUACCAUAAGGGCGAGAUUUGGUUGAAUCUUUAUACGAAUAACUGCCAAAGCGCCUUUAUGGCAAAACUCCAAAGUCGGACGUUUUGCCGGCCGUGGACACGGUUGUUUUCUAGUAAAAUAUCCAUGUACGGUAGACGUCUGACUCGUCUAAAUGACCUCCAUAAAGGUGACAGCAGGGUUUCAACUAUUGGGCAUUAUCGUAUUGACCAUUGGGAUGUUUACUUUACGUAUUCAUUAUGUAUAUCUACAUCACACUAGACUCACAACUGGUUAAUCUAAUCAUGCAUUUAUUGGGAGACGACGCGUGAAUGUGAUGAGUGUUAUGUAAUUUAAUUUUUAGGAACGUAUCUGUUAUCUCUUAUCUCAAUUUUCAGUAAUGACUCAUUGCAAUAUGGCUCAUAUUCCAAAUAACUUAUCUGACUGCAGUUGUUUCCGUUACUGAUUGUAAAUCACUUUCAUAUCUCUAGGAAAACUGUUUUGUAAAAUUUGUAAUAAUACUCUUCCAUAAAUGUAACAAAAUUAUAAUAGUUAGCAUAACAGUACAGUAAAAUUUAGAUAAUUUUAUGAAAUACAAAAUGAAUUCUUUCCUAAUAAAUUUACAAUUAUACA